AUCUGUCCUGUCGGAGGCAGUUUUGGCCAACCAAGAUCGUUGACAACACCGUUGGAAUCGCAACCUCAUCUUUCUUGUUCCCUUCCUGCUGUUGAGUGUAUCCUCGUCUACCCCUCCGACGUGGAUAGACCCAUCCUGUUUGACCGUAAGAGCAGUAAAAGCAGCAAGAAUGCCAUCUACGAGUCCCAAAAAGAGAAAGGCAACGCCGUCUUCCUCCACGAAAAAGAAAAAGGCAAAAUCCACCAAAGCUGCUGCGUCGGCUACUACUAGUAUUAAUGCUACCCAAAGUAAUGCUACAAAAACAGUGACAAUCCACGUGAACAAGCCAGAUGCCACAGUGGAUCCCAUUCUCGUUUCGUUUCCCGGUGGUGUUCCCACAGAGUCUCCUCCGUUAUUGCAAUGGAGUCAAAAAGAUUCCAAGAAUCCUGCGGGACGGACCAUUCGCGGUCAAAACAAUCAAGGGAUCCUCUACACGGCAUCUAGCAAUGGCAUUGCCUUUGACGAACGCAGUACCAAACUCGCCGUUGGUGUCUACGACCGUCACACGGGCACUCUGACCAUUCAUCAAACGGCAUCACGAGGAACUGUGUAUAGUCUCCAACAACAUUUGCUGGCAUACAAGGAAUCACUGCAACCGGAAAUGACGGAUGACGGACAAGUCUACUCGACGACGCAAAAACUAUUUGACGAUUUCGGAUCGGCCAAAAAGCAGCGCGUCCUCAAAUCACAAGCCGCCAAUCGCGUCAAUGUCGAUACCGUCAUUGGAUCGGGGAUUGCACAACCGACAACACAAAUGAGCGAGUCCAAUCGCAAGGCCGUCGAACAUGCCAAACAAAAUCCAGACAGUAGUGUUCCAUCCGUCUUGUCGGCCAUUGAAAUCGCACACGAAAAAGCUCGCAAGGAACUAUUGCCACCCUUUGAUAUGACACAGGCCGAUCAACCCUGUGCCGUAUUUCAAUUCCAUCAGAGUGUCACACCGGAAGCCUGGGCUACUAUUGGUGCCACCAUUAAUACGUGUCUUCAACACAACAAAAAGAAUUUUGUACAAGAAUUGACACGCGGGAAACCACGCAUGGCACCCGAUGGCAGUGGCAUGAUGGCGGUUUGGCCACCCGAAAAACGAGGAUGGUCCCAAACUAUUUUGGAUACGCUCCAAAAGGCACCCAUUUCACAAGCGCGCACCGAAGAUGCCAAUGUCGCCAAAACUCCCGCAUCGGCCAAAUAUGAACUCCGGUGUAUUCUACUCUUGCAUUACAUGAUUCGAUUCUAUACGCAAUUCCACAGAUCCGUUCCCAAAGGACGUCGCGCAUUGGCCGUGGAACCCAUUAACGAAGGCUAUUCCAAAUGGUACGGCAUUCCCAAUGUCGUCGCCCAACCGCUGUUGGAUCAGUUUGCCACGGAACAGGCCGACGCCCGCAAGUUUCGAAACAAAACCAAUCUCCCAGGAAUGGUCAUGUCACCCACCGACAAUGACAAGUGUUUGGUGCACAUUCUGUUGCUCUACGUGCGAGCACGCGGUGGAGCCGCCAUGAAAUUGGACGAUUUGGUGCCCCUGCUCGAAGAAUUUGCGAUUGACCAAACCAAGGCGACACAACUCUUGCGAACGGCGGGAUGUACCAUUGUGCCGCAGGGCCGCAAAAUUCGAGUCGUCUUGACCGCGCCCGUGACAUUUCCCAAACCCAAGCGUAUGGGAGGAAAUAAGGCCAAGCGAUAAUAAUAAGCGGCUAAUACUUGUGUAUGGAUGAUUCGAUUCGUGUCAUGUGCGUGUGUUUUCUGGUGACGAAGUGACGAAGGACUCUACUAGCUCGUUUUGUAUCUAGCUAGCUAAUGUUGGUUAGUUAGAGGUAAAUGUACCCGUA